AUGUCGCAAGACAUUGUACCCGCCACAGACCCCGCUGUCUAUUCCCAAUACCAGGCCAAAUGGUCUGCGCUCCCCGACACCGCUGAGACAUGGCUGGCCCGGGCCCGCGAAGUAGCAGAAGUUCUCGCCCAAGAUGCCCCUCAAAGAGACCACGAGAACAAAUCACCCCGUGCGGAGAUUGCUCUUCUCAAACACUCGGGACUGCUGAAGCUGUUGGGUCCGAAGAAGUACGGAGGUGGAGAGCAGCUGUGGAGUGUUGGGUAUAAGGCGAUUCGGGAAGUUGCCAAAGCAGAUGGAUCCAUUGGCAUGCUGCUAGGCUACCAUCUACUAUGGUCCACUACCGCCAACGUCGUCGGUACGCCCGAGCAAAUCGAGCGCACGCAUGAAUUGAUCAUCUCGAACAACUACUUCGUUGGUGGCGCGGUGAACCCCCGGGAUAGCGAUCUCAAGAUCACCUCCGAUGGAGAUCACAUUGUCUUCAAUGGAGCGAAGCAUUUCAAUACCGGCGGUGUCGUGUCCGAUCUCACUGUGCUGGAAGGUGUUCUGGAAGGCACCGAGGGCCAUAUCUUUGCGCUGGUUGAAACGCGACAGCCCGGUAUCCAAUUUGCGCAUAAUUGGCACAAUAUUGGCCUCCGACUGACCGAGUCUGGAGGUGUGAAGAUCGAGAAUGUUCGUGUGCCCUGGAAAGAUGCCCUUGGCUGGGACGACGCAUCGAAGAAGCCGCGGGAGGAUACCCUGCUGAUUCCCUUUGCGACUUUACUCCUUCCGACUAUCCAGCUAGUCUUCAGCAACUUCUACCUCGGAAUCGCCAUCGGCUCCCUCGACUUUGCCGCAAAGUACACCACCGCUACCACCCGCCCUUGGCCCUUCGGCGGCGACAACAAGGAAUCGGCCACCGACGAGUUCUACAUCUUGGAGAGAUAUGGCAAUUUCUUCGCCCACCUCCGAGCCACAGAGGCUCUUGCCGAUAGGGCCGGCGACCAGAUUUCCGCGCUGUACGGCCAGUACUCGGGAAACCGGGCUGCGCUGACGGCCGACGAACGGGGGGAGGUUGCUGAGUGGGUGGCGAGCGUUAAGGUCGUCACCACCGACGUUGGGCUGCGGGUGACCUCGGGGGUGUUCGAGGUGACGGGCGCGAGGGCCACCGCAUCAAAGGUUGGCCUGGAUCGAUUCUGGAGAGACAUCCGCACGCACUCGCUGCAUGACCCGGUGGCGUAUAAAAACCGGGAGUUGGGACGGUUUGCGCUGUUGCGCGAGUACCCCACGCCCUCGUGGUAUACCUAG